GGCCUUGAGCGCGGGAAGAUGGCGGCGUCCAGGUGGAGAUCUUGAAGCGAGCGGAUCGGUAUGGCGUUGGCGUCGGGGUCAGCAAGGCUGGCGCUUGCUCGCCCCGGGCGGCUCGGUCUUGGGAGCUGCGGGGCCCCAAGACGCGGGGCGUAUGAGUGGGGCGUGCGCUCCACGCGGAAGCCCGAGCCUCCUCCCCCGGACAGGGUGUAUGAGAUUCCUGGACUGGAGCCCAUCACCUACGCGGGGAAGAUGCACUUUAUGCCCGGUCUGGCGCGGCCAGUCUUCCCACCCUGGGACCCUGGCUGGACGCCCCCGAAGUUCCGCCGCUUGCCCCCGCUUCACGAGCACCCGCUGUACAAAGACCAGGCCUGCUACGUCUUCCACCAGCGUUGCCGCCUCCUCGAGGGUGUAAAGCAGGCUCUCUGGCUUACCAAGACCAAGUUAAUAGAAGGCCUUCCUGAGAAAGUGCUUAGCCUUGCUGACGAUCCAAGGAACCACAUAGAGAACCAAGAUGAAUGUGUUCUGAAUGUAAUCUUUCACGCUCGUCUCUGGCACUCUACUGAAGACAUCCCCAAGAGAGAGACCUACUGCCCAGUCAUUGUGGACAGUCUGAUACAGCUGUGUAAAUCCCAGAUUCUCAAGCAUCCUUCUCUGGCCAGACGGAUCUGUGCCCAAAACAACAUGUUAUCCACCACCUGGAAUCGAGGGUCUACUCUUAUUCAGGUCCAUGGUUCCAGUGGAGCCCAACUGAAUGCCAAGGAUCCUCUGCCCCCCAUAGCCUCCCGAGAGGAAGUAGAAGCUACUAAGAAUCAUGUUCUUGAGACCUUCUAUCCCAUAUCUCCCACUGUGGGUCUUCAGGAGUGCAAUGUUUAUGAUGUGAACGAUGACACAGGAUUCCGAGAGGGUUAUCCUUACCCCUAUCCCCACACCCUGUAUUUGCUGGAGUCAGCCAAUUUACGACCACACCGCUUUCAACCAGAUCAGCUGCGGGCCAAGAUGAUCCUGUUUGCCUUUGGCAAUGCCCUGGCUCAGGCUCGGCUCCUCUAUGGGAACGACACUAAGGUUUUGGAGCAGCCAGUAGUCGUGCAAAGUGUGGGCACUGAUGGACGUGUCUUCCAGUUCCUGGUGCUACAGCUGAACACCACAGAUCUGGCCUCUGAUGAGGGUGUCAAGAAUCUAGUCUGGCUAGACUCGGAUCAGCUCCUCUAUGCGCAUUUUUGGUGUCUCCCGGUGGUCAGAAGGAAGGCAGUUGUGGGACCCCUGUGACCUGGGCUCCCUUCUCCAGGCCACUGCUCCCACCUGCGCCUGAGGCCUGCUCUGGGGAGCACAAGGGCAGCGAGGGUAUGGAGUGGAUGCUUGCCCGUCAUCUCCACCUUCUUUGCUCAGCGCUGGGCUGGCACGUGGCAGAUGCUCAGUGCUGGUGAACAAACACCUCUUCAGGAAUGUCAGUGCAGGUCAGUAACAGCCUGCGUCUCCUCAUGUGUCCAACAGUGAUGUUUUCCCAGUAGUUCAAAGGCGUCUGUGCUGAGGAAGAGCCUAGGAAGCCUUAUUCCCCGAUGAGGACGGAAGGACAAAUGGAAUUUUCUAGGCCCUCCCAGCUAAUCAUCACACCCAUUUAGAUGCUCCCCAAAAGAGUAAUACCACCAACAGCUAACACUGCUGCUCUUACUGCUUAAAAGGCACUGUUCUAAACACUUUACAAAUGUCAACUUAUCCUCACAACCACCACAUGAUAGGUAAACCGUUAUCCCCAUUUUAUACAUGAGGAAACUGAGGACAGAGGUUCUGAACUAACUUGCUCAGGGCCACACAGAUCCUGCAGGAUCUGAAACUGGUCCCUUCAGACCUUGUAAAGGCGGGCUAAAGCCACACUUUGCUCAGACAUCGUGUGUUUCCCUCCCCUCCUGCUGCGGGCCUGGCCCCAGAGCUCCAGGGAGGCAGAAAGUUCUACUUUCUAAAUGUUGUUCAAAUCAGCAUCCACAGCUGCUGACUUGGUGGGCUCGCAGUAGUUCUUGCCUAGACGGCGGCUGGGACUGGGUCUCCCUGCAUCUGUCCAGCCCCACCCAACCAUCUUCCAGGAUGCAGCCUGCACCGUUUUCAAAAAUUCAAGUCAAAGUGUGCCACUCUUCAAAUCUUUCAAGGGCCCCCUGUUGCCUUGGAGGUGAAAAAAUAAAACUCAAUGCCCCUGUGGCCCGGCACCCUAGGACCUGUGAAGCAAAUUCCACCUGAAGGGAGAAAGCAGGGCGUGGCUGCAGCCCAUGGGGCCAGCCUAGCCGAUGCUGACUCUCCACUGAAAACAGCACACCGGGAACCUUAUCCAGAAAAAUAUACUCUGGCAAACCAAAAUGCGUUUGCGAGAUGAAAAACCGCAACUGCCUUUUAGAAUGUCCCCGAAUAAUUUGAAGUGAGACAAUGUCCUCCCAACCCAUCUUCCCCAACUCUCCACAGAAGAUUAACAUACCCAGGAAAAGAAGGCCGACUCCUGAAACAGCACAAACCAAAAUCUUGCCCUGCACCAGGAACAAAAAUUCUGC